AUGGACAUUGACGACGCCCUACCGCCUGCCAUCCGUCGUUCGCCGAGAGCUGCCCUCGAGGCGCAGAAGCAGUACAGGGACCACCGAACUUUUGAUUUUGACGAAUCCGACGAAGACCUGGAUGAAGCAGCCCCACCCCCAAUAGCGCGCAGUCGAUCUGCUUCAAUUGACAGCCAAACGACAUCUCGCCCUGCCUCGUCAGGCCUCAAUCCACUCCGAGCGCAUCCAGUCGAUGCGCCGCCGCCAAAGAAUCCAGCCCGCCAGUUUUCUCGUCCGUUUCGAAAUGAUGAACCUCAACAUGUGCGGUCAGCCGAACCGGAUCCCCAACUUGAGCCGCAAUCCACGCGACGACACCCACGCGGGCUCAUAUCAUAUCGCAACAAUAAGAGGGAAAUCAGUAACAUCAAGCGCUUUCCUCCUCAUCUAAGGCGCCAGACUUCACUGGAAACUAUCAACUCGGUAAACACGACAGCAUCUGAUGAUCAGAGCAUCUAUGGCAAUGAUCCACCUGAAGUUGAGGCUCCUUCGCCGGAUUGGUUUACCUUGGAAGAUGAUCCGCCGACCAAUCCUCCGCCCAGUGUCAUGUCCAAAACCUCUUCAAUGAAUUCAUCAAGUGGAAGCUCGAGGCGAACGUCGACACCCGUAGAGACACCCCUAGAGUAUGGGAGUCUCGAUCACCACACACCGCAGUCACUAUUCCGGAAGAUGAUGCCUCGGCGGUUGACAGACAAGUCGCAAGAUCCUCCUCCCAGCCCUACUCGCCUAGUCAUAGCAAAGUCGACUUCGGUUGAUCGGACGUCCGCCCACAUCUCCAGCUUUUCAAGAUCAACAACAUCCAUAUCAGAAGAGCAACGGUCUAUGCCCGAGGAACGUUCCCUUCAGUCUGUACUAGACAACGUGGAGCGAAGUCGAUCUGGCUCAAAGUCAAGCGGAAGCAGUAAAUGGAGUGCGAGCGACUUCGACACAACUACUCUGUCCGAAGCUGAACUCAAGAGGUGUAAGAAGAAAGGCAUCAACCCAGCCCUGUACGCUGAGAUGCGGGCGGCGAAGAAGGGAAAGUGGACUAGUCCCAUUGCUGGCAAUACUUUCCUUUAG